CCAAAACCGCCAACAAUCUCUCGUAGUGUGAUAGACCCUCACAGACAAGUAGUGAGUGAGUGACAGAAAGAUUCGACUCCACGUUCCUUUCCCGAUUGAGUUACUAGCUCGCCUCCGUACUCCUCCUUAACGUUUACAGAACGCGACGUCGGUACGAGCAUGAGAUACAGCAGUCGCCAACCGCGAGCAUUGCGGAAACGAUCACCAUCGACAGAGAUCGACAUUAAGAUGCAACGAUCAAAUCCAGCCUCACUGGGUGUUUCCGUAAUGAUCGCGUUAGCGAUCACGUUGGCGACGGAGUCAAUGCACGACUCCGUUACUCUCCUUGCCAUCCCUUGGAUCACUGGUGGCCUUCCUGGCCCUUGGGGAGUCGUCUCUGCGUGGGUGCCAACAGUGACGUUCCCAUCCACCUCCGCAAGAACCCGGCAGAAUCAGGGCCAGGACUUGGCCUUUUCCUCCGUGACAACGACGACGUGUUGGCUCGCCAAACGCAACAAGAAACAGGCCGCCAAUCAGGACGCCGACGAUCUCGAUCGAUGGUACGGAUCGGUCAACGCCGACGCAUCGCCCGACGACGUCUUUUGGGAAGAAAUGCAACGGCAACGACUGCUCGCGCAAGUCGGUGACGCCGUCAAUGCCAAUCUCCCCGACCCCGUCGCGGCGAUCGGUGCAACCAACACCAACACGAAUAGUCUCAACAACCCCGAUAGUCUCAAUACUAGUCCCUACCCAACCACCACUACCACGUCGUCGUCGUCCUUUGUUCCCUCCCCCCUAUCCUCCUCGCCACGUUCCGGAAGCAAUAUCAACCUUGCCAUCAAUACACCAGCCGCCCGGAGUGUGGAAGCGACCCUUUCCGAGUACGAAGCGUUCUCCCUGACCGAUAAUUGGUUGGACGAUGAAUUGGCUUGGAUGAUGCAGGAGGAUUUCGUCUUGCACGAGGGAGACCCCAAUGCUCACGUCAAAUCACUCGACGAGCAAAUUGAAGAAUGGGAACUAUCGGAAGACGGCAACAUGACCGAUGAAGACGAUCUGACUGAUUCCGACAAUGCGUGGAUGCAAAGUGACGACCCGUGGGAUCACUGGGGAGUCUCGGAAGAAGAGCAACAAAGAGCCUUACGUGUGUCCAACAAAGCCGACGAAUUUUUGUUCGAUAGUGACGCCGACGAUCGAGAAGACUCGGCUCAGCAAGAAGCCGACUUUUGGUCGCGAGUACAAGGUACCGGAAUCAAGUCGCGCCGACUCGAACGGGCUCGUGGAAACGCCAAAGCGCAAGCUUUCUUUUCCCGCGAACCCGAUGACACUGAAGGGUACGAUCGGCUCUGGGUGUCGGCUAUAGACAACGUCUGCUUCAAAAACCUUGUCGGUACCUUCCGUAAUUACGGCGUACAGUUUGCCGACAACUUCGGGGAUUGGAAGGAUGCCUCGGUGCAGGAUGGACUCUUGACGAUCGAAGACGUGGCGUCCUUUAAGGCUCGACGAGUGCACAACGUAACGGGGCUUCCCUGUAUUGCGAGUCGAACCAGUUUCGAAAUUGAACCCGUUCCCGAACUCAACACCGGAAGCGGCUCAGGAUCACCGCGCCCCUCUAGCCGCUCCACCGUCAUCAAUACUAAUCCCCGUGUCACCUCGGGAUACCGCUUCAACGAUAUUGGUAUGCACGUUGAUUACGUAUGCGACGCCCUGCGUCCCUUGUCGGAACCCACGCGAGUCACGCGCUUCAAAACCUGUCUAUGUUACUACGAUGGAGAAGUCGAGGUCUUUGAUUACGGAGUCUGCGAUUGUGAUUUACUUUUUGCGGACUCGAUGCGCACUUUCAUUCCAAUGUCGCAAGCCAUCAACGAAAUGGUCAAAACGCUGGAGUUGACCUUUGGACUAGAGUACCAGCGCUGGUUGCAAUCGCGGUUGAGUCAGGCCAUGUCCGGCAUUGAUGGAGCUAGUAUGAAACUCCGCGACCGAGUACUAAAAGAAGGCAAAGUACUUCCGAACGACAUUAUUGACGUUUCGGCUUUUAUGGAUUCCAAAAUUGAUGUCAACCUCAUGGACGAGUGUGCAGAGGAAUUAGCAAGCCGCUUUGUGUCACAGAAGCCUUCCAAAAUUCUCACCGUUGCCACGACGGGUCUCGUGAUUGCCUUGCCCAUGGCCAAGUAUUUGCAAGUUCCGGUAGUGUACGCGCGGAAGGAGCGAAACGUGGUCAUGGCGGACACGUACAAGGCCAGCUAUUCGAGUAAAACGGUGGGACAAUUUCGGGAGUUGCUCGUCUCCAAGUCGCAUUUGGACGAGGAUGAUCGAAUUUUGAUCAUUGACGAUUUUUUGUCGAGCGGAGCUUCACAGGAGGCGUUGCUCCAGCUGGUUUUUGAUGCUGGUGCUACGGCGGUCGGCGUAGGAGUCUUGCUCGAAAAGGUCUACGACUCUGGUCGGCAAUCGCUUUCGGGGUUUGAUAUUCCGAUCCACAGCAUGUGCCGAGUGGCGUCGGUAGAAAGUGGCGUUAUUCAGAUGGUCGAAGAAGAAGGAUUCGAUCUCAUGCAAAAGUCGUCCCAACAAGAAGCGCUGUAA